AUGGAUGCAGCGGCCGUGCUUGCGCCGCCGUUCGUGUGCGACAUCCACCACGACAGGCUCGAGUUCCGUUCUCUGACGAGCCGUAUCCAGCUGACUUUCUCGUGCUCUUCCUCGUCCUCAGCGAGUUGGUGUUUCUCUGUUGCUGCGGAGGCUGCGGCACAGACUUCUCACGCGAGCUCUCCCCUUUCUGUCUCCUCUCCCAAGGCGAGCGUGCCGUGCUACGGGCUCUUUGGAGUCACUCAGAUCUUUGGUUGUGCGUACGUGAUCUGCAUUGCGUCUUGUCGUCUCCUGGGAUUCCUCGGUCGGGCGCCGUUGCUCCAAAUCGUCGCGUUCCACCUCGUCCAAGUCCCCCCUUCGUCUUCUUCGCCUGUCUUCUCGCUCGCGACGCGGACCGUUCGCCGCCGGCGCUUCCUCCAGUCGAGCAGCAACUUCCUCGUCGGCGCGACUGUGACCAUCACUUCUCGGACGACCGCCCCUGCAGCGCGCAUCGUCGAGGAGACCGCUAAGCGCGACGGGGGCGCAUCCGCCUCCCUUUCCGACCCGAAACGAUGCGACGCGCACGCGGAAACCAGCACAGGUCGCGCGGGCCUGCGCCAGCGGAAAGAGACCGCGGAGCCAGGAUCAGCGAGCUCAAGUCCGGCGGGCGCCGCGAUCGAAAGCGAGCAGCCGGCGCCGCCGCCUCCAGGUGUACGUACACCGUACCAGGCCGUCGCGGAGGAGUGGCUGACCCUGUUGUGCGACGGCCUCUGCGAGGGAGGCUUCUAUUUCUCGCCUUCCUUGGACUUGACGAAGAACCUGCAGAUCCAGCUCGGCGGGGCCUUCCCGUCUGACCCUGGGGCGGCGCAGACGCGGCACAGAGACGGCGAGAAAGGCCCAGGGAAGCUGUCGCCGGCUUCUUCCGUUUCGUCUCUGCCUCCUCUGCAGGCGGCAGAAACGGGGACGGCGGGCAACGCGUGGACAGACCGCUUCAGCUGCAACCGACAUUUCUGCGAACCCAUCACCAAACAGACACCCGAGGCGGUCCAGUUUUGCGCGCAAGUCAUCCAGGGACCUCUCUUCUUGUCGUCGCUUCGGAAGAUGCCGUUGCUGUCUUCCCCCGAUAUCGCUUUCGUGCACAUGACUCUCUUCACUCUAGACUUCGGCGGGCGAGGAUGCGCAGGGCUUUGGCUGCGCGCGCCGCUCCCGAGUCCGGAAGGCCUUUUCGCAGCCGCCUCAGCUGUCUCGCCGCUCCCCCGUCUCUCUGUUCCCUCCAGCUACGUCGGCGUAGGCGUACUCGCGUACUCCCUCGAAUCGUGCACCCAGCUGUGCCUCGUCUCGCGGAGAGACAGCAGUCGAGCAGGCGCUCGGUUCCACAGCCGCGGAAUCAACCCGGCAGGAAACGCGUCCAAUUUGGUGGAGACGGAGCAGCUUCUCCUCGUCUACUCCUUUCGAGGCGCCUCUCCGCUUCUCUCCCCUGCUUUCCCUUCUGCGCAAGAGAUGCCUGCCUCGCAGCGCCUGGCGCAAAGAGGCGCGCCUGCCGUCCACACGCGCGGGAACGGGCGCGUGGAUGUCUUCUCCUUCGUCCAAAUUCGCGGCUCCAUUCCGCUCGUUUGGAAGCAAACGCCGACACUCAAGUGGGCACCUGUACCGUGCAUCGUGGGAGCGGCAGAGGAAAACGGCGCGGCUGCUACUCGCCACUUUGACGGCCUUCUCAAGAACUACGGACCAACAACCGUCGUGAAUCUGAUCAAUAAGAAGGGGAGGGAGAAGCCUCUGGGCGAUCUCUUUGAGCGCGUUGUCGCCCACCAGGAAUCCAAGGAUCUCUCCUUCAUUUGGUUCGAUUUUCACCACGAAUGCUCGAAAAUGCGCUGGCAUAACCUCUCGCGUCUCCUCGAUCAAGUGCACCAGCAGCUGAAGCAACAGCGGCACUUUCACGCUGUCUGUACAGUGCCCUCAGAGGGCGACGAGGUGUACAGCCUCCAGCGGGGCGUGUUUCGAGUGAACUGCAUCGACUGCCUGGACCGAACGAACGUAGUGGAGAGCGUUUUCGGAAAGCGCGUCUUGGCCCAAGUCCUCGCGACGCGCAUUUACACCCCUGCGCGUCUUUCUCCUCAGACUUCCUCCAGUUCCUUGCUCUCGCAAGGCUCUCUCCUCGAGGGCCCCGAUCGCCUUGCGCGCCGCAAAGGCGGAACGAGCGACAGAGGCGAAGCAGAGAAGGCGGUCCACGACGCAGGUCCCCAGCCUCUCGCACCCCUCCCUUUCACGCCUCCGGAAGGCGACCAAGUUUUCCGGAACCUCUGGACAGACAACGCAGACGCUCUCUCUCUUCUCUACUCCGGCACUCCCGCUCUCAAGACCGACUUCACGCGGACUGGAGUGCGCAGCCGCUGGGGAGCGUUAAGCGACGCUCGAAAUUCCCUUAUCAGGUACUUCUUGAACAACUUCUUCGACGGCUACAAGCAGGACUGCUUCACGUUCUUUUUCCAGGCUGCGAGCUAUCCGUGUUCCCCCUCUCUUUUGCCAGGUCGGAAGCAGGCGACGUCUCCGCCUCGUCCCUCGGGUACCGGCGUGCGGCGCGUGGUUCUCGAAAUCCUUCUGUUGUGGUGUUCGCUGUUCUGCCUGGCACCCCCCCUGGUUUCUGCCCUCCUCUCCGGUGUCCAUACAGCUGGGUACACGGUCACCGCAGCUCUGCUGGCUCUAGCGGCGCUGCCUUUCCGCGUCUCCUGGCCGCUCUCGGUGCUCCCCACCGGCCUCGAUUUCCUCUGGGGCGCCGUCCCUGGCGGACUGAGGCCGUUCGAAGCCGGAGAGGGGCUGUUUUCCCCGGCACUUUUCAGCGCAGAGCCUCCCGGUGCCGGAGACGGUCUCGCUGAGCUGCUGAAGAACGUCGGGGGAGUGCUCUGGGUUUCCAUGUUCUCGCUCUUGACGUUCGUCGCGUACAUCUUCUUGCGCGCAGCGGCCGUCGUGUCGCUGCCUCAGCUGCUCGAUGCCUCCUAG